AUGUCGUACAUCUCGGCCGCCAGUCUAUGUGUGGCACUGCCUACAUUAGGCGACAAGAAUGCUACCACGAAGAUCCUCUGGUCAGAGCUUCUGGCCGCCCAAGAUCGAGAAAACACUAGUCAUCAGGAGUAUGGCUUGUGUGAAUACGUUUGCGUGGAUGUUAGAAGUUCUGUGACAGAUAACAUUAGCGGCAUGGUCGAAUCUCUACAUAUAGAAGUCGACCAAAGCGGAGUCGCAACUAAUUUCCUCGCAACUCGCCGUGUGAUCCUGUCGACGAGGAUUGAGUGUGCCGCUCUAUUUGUUGAUCAAAACAAGACUUUCCACUGGAUGCUAGCACUUCCUGCUGCCGGCACGGGGGUGAAAGCUAUGCACUUGUAUGCCAUCAACUCCGACCUAGAGUAG